CAUACCUCGAGAUUUCUGGCACAGAGUUCGAGUUCUUAGAACGAGAAGAAGAUAUAACGGUCCGUCUUCUUAGAACCUCGGGCACAUUGGUAUAUUGCAGACUUAAUUUAUUUAUCUAAAUUAGCGGACCUGAACAGUCGAUUGUCAUGACUGUUGUUGGCUGCAACAAGUGUGUCAAAUUCAUGCUCUUUUUCUUUAAUUUCGUUUUCUGGUUGGCUGGAGGUGUGAUCUUGGGAGUGGCUCUAUGGCUUCGUCAUGACAACCAGACCAGCAGUCUCCUCAUGCAGCAGUUUGAAGGCCAGCAGGCUCCAAACACCUUCUAUACCAGUGUGUACAUCCUGAUUGCUGUGGGAGCUGUGAUGAUGAUUGUAGGGUUCCUUGGUUGCUAUGGUGCCAUCCAGGAAUCUCAGUGCCUCCUUGGAACGUUCUUCUUCCUGUUGGUGUGCCUCUUCGCCUGUGAGGUGGCUGCUGGGAUCUGGGGAUUUAGUAACCGUGACACAAUCUCCAAGGAGAUGAUAAACUUCUAUGAUGCGGCGUACAUCAAGUCCGUGGACAUUGUAGACUCUUCCAGCAAAACAGCUGCUAUCAAAGUCCUGGAGGUGUUCCACGAGACGCUGGACUGCUGUGGUAAAGGAGACGACUCCCCCUUAUUCAAACAAGUAGCCGGAGCUCUGUGUCCCAAGAAGACCCAGGACGAUGCCUUGUUGAAACCUCAGAGCUGUCAUCUGAAGCUGAAGGACCUCUUCUCCGAGAAGCUCUGCCUGAUUGGUCUAGCUGCCCUGGUGGUCGCUGUCAUCAUGAUCUUUGAGAUGAUAUUCACCAUGGUUCUCUGCUGUGCGAUCCGCAACGCCACCCCAGUGUACUAGAACCAUAGAACGACGGAACCAUGGAAUCAUAGAACCACAGAACCAUAUUGGAGGGGAAAGUCCUCUACAGAUCAAAGCCAACAAAGGGGAUGCAAAUGUUAUGUUAUGUUUUGUUUAGUUCCUGUUAUGUUUUGUGUUGUACUUCCUGUUUUGUGAUGUAGUUCCUGUUUUGUGUUGUAGUUCCUGUUUUGUGUUGUAGUUCCUGUUUUGUGUUGUAGCUAUGUUUUGUGUUGUAGCUAUGUUUUGUGUUGUAGUUAUGUUUUGUGUUGUAGUUCCUGUUUUGUGUUGUAGUUCCUGUUAUGUUUUGUGUUGUAGUUCCUGUUUUGUGUUGUAGUUCCUGUUUUGUGUUGUAGUUACGUUUUGUGUUGUAGUUCCUAUUACGUUUUGUGUUGUAGUUACGUUUUGUGUUGUGUUGUAGUUCCUGUUAUGUUUUGUGUUGUAGUUACAUUUUGUGUUGUAGUUCCUAUUACGUUUUGUGUUGUAGUUCCUGUUUUGUGUUGUAGUUACGUUUUGUGUUGUAGUUCCUGUUUUGUGUUGUAGUUACGUUUUGUGUUGUAGUUCCUGUUUUGUGUUGUAGUUACAUUUUGUGUUGUAGUUCCUAUUACGUUUUGUGUUGUAGUUCCUGUUUUGUGUUGUAGUUACAUUUUGUGUUGUAGUUCCUAUUACGUUUUGUGUUGUAGUUCCUGUUUUGUGUUGUAGUUACAUUUUGUGUUGUAGUUCCUGUUUUGUGUUGUAGUUACGUUUUGUGUUGUAGUUCUUGUUCAUUCUUAUUAUAUUGCAGGAUCAUGUACAUUUUUAUAUGUACAUUAUAUAUGUACAUUUUUAUCAGUAUUUUUGAAUAGAGACUAGAUUUUACUACUGUAUUUUUGUUAAUUAUGUUUGAACAAAACUUCUAAUGUAACAGUUUGAGUCUUUUGAUGACCGUUGAUUAAAUGCCAGGCUUUGACCAGCGGACAUUCAGCAUCUCUCUAAUGCUAAAUCUUUUACGAAUUGAUUUAUUUUUUUGAGUCACUUUGUAUCUUUUCCUGAAGGACUUCUCCAAGGUCGCAGAGUUCAGUGCUCUUUUGUUAUGGUUGUAUAAUCAUAUUCAUUGAAAAUGCGGCCAAAAAGGUACCUUGUUCCCUUUAUAGUGCACUACUUUUCCAGGGUUCAUAGGGCCCUAAUGAACAGUAGUGCACUACUUUUCCCAGGGUUCAUAGGGCUGUAGUGAAAAGUAGCGCACUAUAUAGAGAAUAGGGGGCUACUUGGGACGCACUGUGGAUUUCAUUAGUGGUUAGGCAACGCUUGAAGUGGAAUAAAAAAGGUGCACACACA